CUUUUAUGUUCUCGUUUUUAGUUUGAAUCAAAAAGUUUUAUGUUCUUUUCUCGUGUACCGUAAACUGAACGAUACACUACUUGGAGCCAAUAUUAAUGGGAACAGCAUAUUUUUAGGAUUGAUGAAAGAACAGAUAAAAACAACUUCUCAAUUGCGCAGUUCCCAGUUCUAGAAGAAACAGAAAGUUUCUGAGAAUCAUCAUGAAAUGCCCACUGGCAUAAAUGGCAAUGCCAUAAUGACGGUGCUCGCCCCCCACACUUAUCACUGUUAUAGACACAAAGCUUACAAACUGCCGAAUCAUGAUGAGCGUACGGUGUCUAGUCGACGUUGUCAACAGACAGACGAAAAAUAUGAGAAUCGUGUUGGUUGCGCUUCUAUUUAAGACUUGCGCAGACCCCAAUCUAAUGCCAUAUUCUUAAUUUACCGAGCACUGAAAGGCAUAUUGUCGGGAUCGAAAAUGUGGCUGGUGUUAUAUGCGUUUCUGGCCUUGCCGCUGCUCGUGUGGCUCUACCAGGAGUUGACAACAUUCCGGCGAAGACGAUUGUUGAAAAAGUUCCAUGGACCCAAACGAUUGGCCAUCGUCGGCAAUGCCCAUCAGAUGGGUAAAAAUCCUACAGAAAUUCUCGACCAGCUAUUUGCUUGGUGGUACCAAUACGAUAAGGAUAACUUCAGCUUCUGGAUAGGACCCAAACCCAAUAUAGUGGUCACAAAGCCCAAGUACAUAGAGUAUAUACUCACCAGUCAGACCCUGAUAAAAAAAGCUUAUAACUAUGCUCUAACCCAACCAUGGUUGGGUUUGGGCCUAGUCAAUAGCAUGGGCAGUAGGUGGCACAAGCAUCGAAAGAUUAUUACGCCCUCCUUCCACUUCAACAUCCUGCAAGACUUCCACAAGGUGAUGGACGAAUAUUCCACCAAAUUCGUGCAGAAACUGAAAAAUGUGUCAGCUGGGGAUAGUAUUUUCGAUAUUCAGGAUCAGGUUGCCUACUUGACCCUAGAUGUAAUUUGCAACACAGCCAUGGGAGUGUCCAUUAACGCAAUGGAAAACCGAACGUCCGACAUAGCGCAAGCAUUCAGGGACAUAUGCGAAAACGUGAGCGUGAGGUCCUUCAGUGUGUGGAAGCGUAAUCAAAUGCUCUAUCGAUUGGCUCCCGACUACCCCGCCUAUUGUAAGACGCUGAAGACCCUGCGGGACUUUACCCACGAUGUCAUCGAGAAGCGCGUCAAGGCCCACAAAGACGGUACCGCUUCAACAAGCCAGGGCGAUGAGUUUUCCGGAAAGAAGAUGGCAUUUUUGGAUACCUUACUCUCAGCAACAGUUGACGGUCGCCCUCUGACUUCCCAAGAGCUGUACGAGGAAGUCUCCACAUUUAUAUUUGCAGGCCACGAUACGACCACUUCGGGAAUUUCUUUUGCUAUGUAUUUGCUCUCCAGACACCAAGACGAGCAACGAAAAUUAUUCGAUGAACAGCGCGAAGUGAUGGGUGACUCCGAAAUGGGUCGAGACGCAACCUACCAGGAAAUCGCACAAAUGAAAUAUUUGGAUCUGUUCAUCAAAGAGGCCCAGCGCGUCUAUCCCAGCGUACCAUUCAUUGGUCGCUAUACCGAAAAGGAUCAUUUAAUUGAUGGUGACCUCGUGCCAAAAGGUACCACCCUAAAUUUGGCACUCAUUAUGCUCGGCUACGAUGAUCGUGUGUUCAAGGAUCCCCACAAAUUCCGACCCGAACGAUUUGAGCUGGAAAAACCCGGUCCCUUCGAAUACGUGCCCUUCAGUGCCGGUCCCCGCAACUGCAUUGGCCAGAAGUUCGCCAUACUGCAGAUAAAGACCGUGGUAUCCAAGAUAGUGCGCAACUUUGAGGUUCUGCCCGCCGUAGAUGGACUGGAGUCUAAAGACGGAUAUCUUAAUACUACUAUGGGCUUGCCCACAGCGGAGAAAAUUAAGAAAGAGGCAUAUCGACACAAAUACGAUCCAAUUCUGUCUUCCGCGAUUACACUUAAGUCUAUCAACGGUCUUCAUAUCCGAUUAAGGGAGAGGAACUAGAUCAAAAGUUGAUCAAUAAACAUAGUUUUUUGCUUGAUAAAUUCCA